CGGUGCCAUGCCGUUCCUUGGGCAGGACUGGCGGUCCCCAGGCCAGAGCUGGGUGAAGACAGCCGAUGGCUGGAAGCGCUUCCUGGAUGAGAAAAGCGGCAGCUUCGUGAGCGACCUCAGCAGUUACUGCAGCAAGGAGGUAUACAAUAAGGAGAAUCUUUUCAACAGCCUCAACUACGAUGUUGCAGCCAAGAAGAGAAAGAAAGACAUACUGAACAGCAAAACCAAAACUCAGUAUUUCCAUCAAGAAAAAUGGAUCUAUGUUCACAAAGGAAGUACUAAAGAGCGCCAUGGCUACUGUACUUUGGGGGAAGCUUUCAACAGACUGGACUUCUCAACCGCCAUCCUGGAUUCCAGAAGAUUCAACUACGUCGUAAGGCUGUUGGAACUGAUAGCAAAGUCACAGCUCACAUCCCUGAGUGGCAUCGCCCAAAAGAACUUCAUGAACAUCUUGGAAAAAGUAGUACUGAAAGUCCUUGAAGACCAGCAAAACAUAAGACUCAUCAGGGAACUUCUCCAGACCCUCUACACAUCCUUAUGCACACUGGUCCAGAGAGUUGGCAAGUCUGUGCUGGUGGGCAACAUUAACAUGUGGGUGUAUCGGAUGGAGACCAUUCUACACUGGCAGCAACAGCUGAGCAGCAUCCAGAUCACGAGGCCUGCCUUCAAAGGCCUCACGUUCACCGACCUGCCUGUGUGCUUGCAACUGAACAUCAUGCAGAGGCUGAGCGAUGGACGGGACCUGGUCAGCCUGGGCCAGGCGGCCCCAGACCUGCACGUGCUCAGUGAGGACCGGCUGCUGUGGAAGAGACUCUGCCAGUACCACUUUUCCGAGCGGCAGAUCCGCAAGCGAUUGAUCUUGUCUGACAAGGGACAGCUGGAUUGGAAGAAGAUGUAUUUUAAACUGAUACGAUGUUACCCCAGGCGAGAGCAGUAUGGAGACACCCUGCAGCUCUGCAAACACUGCCACAUUCUCUCCUGGAAGGGCACUGACCAUCCGUGCACAGCCAACAACCCAGAGAGCUGCUCUAUCUCACUUUCCCCGCAAGACUUCAUCAACCUGUUCAAGUUCUGAAUCCCAGCCCGUGACGGCACUUCACAAGGCCCUGCCGAUCAGAAGGCUGCGAGUCCAGAUAACUUGGUCUGUAAAUAGUGUACAUUUUAAGCCUUGGCUGGACACUUCUGAGUGAAGUCACUGAGAAGGGACGCAGUCGCCAAUGGGGAUUUACAAAUGUGAACUUCACGUUAGAACUGAACUGGUACGGAAAAGCAGAGAUACUGUAAAUAAGACUUUUUUUUUUCCCCUUAACAAUUCGCCAGCAAGACUAUAAAGGCAAGAACUCUUAUGUCUGCCGUGAAAAUGGAGUCCUCUUGAUGUUCAUGGAAACUUCCUAGUUCCCUAGGAAGAAAAAUGCAAAACUCAAAUACAAGAUAGAACACCCUGUUUACAAUGUGAUCGUGUUGUUAAGACGUAAGGAAGGAGGAAAAGAAUGCUACAGUUGAGAAGUCCUUGGGCUUUGGGUUUGGAUCUGGGGUUUGUUUUGAACAGGCAAAGAAGUCCACCCAUCUGAAUCCUGCACGGGGCAUAAGGCCUUAUCCUACGAAGAUGCCACACAAUGGUCUACCUCUACAAGCAUAGAGUGCUCUCUGGCAGCAUACAUUAUCUCGCAGGCAAUGUCUGUGUUUCAUGUAAGUUCUUUCAUCUGUAAACUGAUCUAAGAUGGGAACGAAUUAGGAAAAAAAAAAACCCUCUUCUUGGUUCUGACUUCCUUUUCCCUCUCCUCUCCAGUAACUACACGUUGUUUUCCUCCCAUGUGGUAGCUCAUGCAGGGAACCGGAAGGCUAGCUUAAGAACAGCUCCAGCAGAAGUCAUGGAGAGCUAGAAUUAGGCACCUGUAGAUGUGAAGGCUUGGCACUUCUGAUUGAACUCUACCCUCUUCUAAUUAACUUCUGGGCUUGUCUGGACUUCCUCGGGUAUCUUCAUGGAUUAGUGAACGUCUGUGAACGUAGUGGCGCCCAAGACCUGAGGCUUGAGAGACACACACUUUUCACACCAGCCAAUUAAACAUUCUGAUAGCUGCUGCUUCCCCUGGGCAGGGUAAUGAGCCGAGGCUCUUUCUGUUCUUUAGGUCCACCAUCAAACUUGAGUCGUCCUGAACUGGGACUUUUCACAAGCGUGAUUUAAAAGGAAGCCUGGAGUUCCAGCCAGAUAGAGAGAUGAGUUCAUCUUAAACUUGUUUCAGGACUGAGUUAAAAGAAAGAGUUAAAAGACAAAGGAUCCCCGGGGGUCUUGCAAGCAGAGAUAUGAACACUGUGGAAGAAAGCAAAUCUCAGGACUUCAGGAGUUAAUUCCUGGGGUGGGGAAAAUGUUAUUUUUUACUUUUUAUAGAUUGUUGCUUUUCUACAAUGUACAUUUGCAGUUGUAUUUGCUUUUUUUUUUUUUUAAUCUUCAAAUAAAACUGCCACUAUGCAUGUCCCUGGCAAAGAAGCAGAAAUAGAAAUUUGUUCCAUAUAAAUGUUAAGUAAGGUAUUGUGUAACCUGAAGCAUUGAUGCUUGGGGUGGUCCUUGGAGGAGAGGAAAGAUGGCCGAGCAUACACAGGAACAAGGGACAGUCAAUGCCUCUUCCUUCGGUGGUAAUACUGUGCAGGCAGAUGGAGUCUGCAGGGCUCCCUGAUUGGCAGUCUCUGCACUUAACACCGGAAGUUCUCCAUACUUCCUUCUUCCUUGAGGGGCAAAUUAAGUUGAAUCUAGAGACUUGUAAUGCAAAAAGGGAAAUGUGAAAGAACAAGAGUUGAUGUAUAAAGUUGAACUUUAGAGAGUUUAAACCUGUAAGGGUUUUCUAUUUGUUCUAUUUGGUUUCUUUUUUAAAAAACAAAACAAAACAAAACAAAACAAAAAACUCUUCUCCCCAGAAUGAUUUUUACAUUAAGAAUGUAGGGCUGGGACUAUGAAGGAAAAGAAAGGAAGGGAGGGACAGAGAGACAGACACUUUUUUCCAUAAUUGUCAGACUCUCUACACCAUCUCGCCUUCUGUAAAGAUGUGGGGUGGAGCUGGGUCUGCCGUUGCUGUGAAAAGCACUGGCCACGGUGAUUCUGAGUGACACUGCUAGGGUUAGGGGCUCAUGGCCUUUCACAUGUCCUCAUCAGCCUGUCGCCACUGCUCUGUCGUGUUGUUUAGAGAUGGAAGGUUGCUGGGAACUUGGAGUUCCCAGUCCCAGCAACUCUGCCUGCUUUGGACUGGCAGCAGAAAACCGAUGAGCCGGUCUCGUGGAGAGUGUCAGCAAUGCACAUGUAUAUCAUACAUGCCCCAGGCAGCAACCUGCCCCUGUGUAAAAUGACCCUGGCCCCUAGCAGUGAGGUCAGAGCUCUUCGGAAUGUUGACUAGGUGCCUGCAGAUUCUCCAUGAACCUUGGUGUCAUUGGUAUGUGGCACAACUGAAGAAUUGAUUUAAGAAUGAAUAAAGGAACAUGGAUGGGUCCCUUUCAUUGGUCAGGAGAAACUAGGAAGGAUGUGGCAGGUGGAGAGGGAGUGGGCGAGGAGUAGAAAUGAUGUGUCUUUGAUGGUCUGUGUGGGGAGGAGCGACGGGGUGAGUAGAGCAGGCAAGAUGUCCAUAUUAGGCCACGGCUAGAGCCUCACAUCCAAGUAACCGGAGUUGAAAACUUUUGCUCCUAGGACAUGAAUAGUCUAUAGAAUUCCUCUUGGCAAACCCACCCAGGACUCCCAGACCUCCAACACAAAAACUAAGAAUCCCUGACCCAGAACUGCUGCUACAAAAGCAAGAGGGGCGUGGCUAUAGAAAUUGCUAGAAAAAUUCUUCCAACACAAAGAAAAAAUAUGUGUUUUCUCUCCACUGUACCUUCCUGUCCCUCCUUUGCAUGUUGUAAAGCAGGACUAGAUAUGCCCACUCUGAAGUCAUUCAGACAGCAAGAGAAGGAAAAGGUUCUGUCCAAGCCACUUGAGCAAACCCAGGGUAAUGGUGACUCAAAACAUUGGAGAGCAGUCAGCUGAGUCUCUGAAGAGGGAGAACCAUUCCAUAUAAAGUUUAGGAAUGCUCCUCUUAUCGCAAGAGCCAGUAAAAGAAAAAAAUAAACCCAGUGACACUAGACCAUGUCAUGACUCACCACUAUUGAGUGGACAGGUGCAUCAGUUGAAUGGGAGGGAAGGGUGGCAGAAAGAAUCAGCAGUUCCGAGGUGGGGUCCGCAGCCCAUCAGCUGGGAGAGGCUUUCUGGCUAGUGAUGAUCGAUUUCAGAUGAAAGUGGUUUGGACAAGAUACUUCCCCUGCAAAAGCUCUCAGCAGAAGAGCUGAUCUACUUGUGACUGGGAGAGCCAGCUAGUGGGUGGCUCAUCCUUGUGGCCUCACAAACCCUUUCCCAUGAGGUGCUUGCUAUGGACAUAGACUCCUUAUUUUUAUUGUUUUGCAUGGAAGAGAAAAGGCUGGGGAUUUGAUUUGUCUAAGCGAUUGGUAUGAUUCAUGGAGAGAUAAAUCAUCGCAAGAGGCGUUUAGCAGUAUAUGGUUCUCGGCAUUCAAAACAAUGUUUAUUAUAAAACAUGCACCUGGGUUUAUGUUUUUCUGCCUGGCUGCAGGGCAAUAACAUCUUGCUAUGCAAACACUCUAAGUUUUAUGUGUGAAUUUUUGACUGUAAUUUUAUGUGUGCAUUUUUUUAACUAAACUAUCAUUUUCUAUGCUGACAUCUGUUGUUGUUUUUAAUCUGUUUCCAACUAUCUGAGUCUGUGAACCAUCUCUUCUGACUGGAUGCUGGCUUGAAACCCGUCAGUGCUUAAACAGACUCAAACACCCUGAACCUCUGGGGCAGACACAGGGAUCUUACUUUGAUAUAUCAUGGGCCAUCUAUGGCUUUAACAAACAAGGUAGUAAUUCCUCUAAAUUCUGUGUUUUCCUGCUCUGCUUUGCUGAAAAAACAACAAAGCAAACAACAAAACCACUUUUGGUUUUCUAGAUGAAGAAAAUUCCCGUCCCAGACUUUAGACCAAGAAGGGUUUUAGAGAGGAUGCAUUCUGGCAUUUCUGCCUUUCAAGAUGCGGAAGCCUUUCCAGAGCUGGCGGGGUGGGGAGCCUUCCUCUACACUCCCUGGGAAGUCAGCAACAGAGCUGAACAGAAACCUGGAGCUUCCUGAUGCCAGAGCUCCCAGUGCACCUCCCACCCAAGCACCUUGUGGGCAUCUGUAGAUUCACGACACUCAGUGUGACUCUUCCAAAGAUCCUCACUGUGGGAGGCAGGGGAGACCAUCCCAUGAUGGGCAUGCGCCACAAAGUUUUCCAAACCUUUUAAGUCUGAUUCUUUACUGGAGAAGUUAGGGGGUCCCUUUUCAUUUUCACACCCUUUCACUCUGCUGUGACUAUAGCAUUCUACUGAGCACAGCCUGCUUGCUAGAAAGUAACCAGCAUGCCAGGUACGUGGUGCACACCUGUAAUCUUCGCAGAGGCAGGAGAACUAGACUCCUAGCCUGGGCUACAUAGCAAGGUCUUGUUUCAAAAUCAGCAGGAAGCAAACACCAUGUUUUGACAAAUUCGACCUUCCCUGGGGUUUUUACAUAAUGCCCCUUUAAGAACAGACACAGUGUCCUGGGGAGAUGGCUAGUUAAUAAAGUACCUGCUAUGCAAGCAUGAGGACCUGAAUUCAGAUUCCAGCAACCAUGUAAAAGCCAUCUUUAGUGCAUGGGGAGGAGUUCACGGGCCAGCCAGUCUUAAGAACCAAGUGAUGGCCAGGCUCAAUGAGAGACCCUGCCUCAAAAAUAAAAGUGGACAGAGAUCCAGGAAGAUGCCCAAUGUCUGCCCUGGCCUCCAAAUGCCUAUGCAUGUUCACACAUCCCCAGGCAUACUAGCAUACACACGUACACAUGCACACACACGCACACACAUGCACAUAUGCACAAAAGAAUAGAUAAAUGUUGACCUAGCUCCUGCUGGUACCCAAGCAUGUCUUCUCCCCUGAAACGGAAAGGUGUGUUUAAGGCAUCUCUCCUCCUCCCUGCUCCUCUUUCCGGUGAGCCCCACUACAAGAUCCAGUGAGGUUCUGUCUGGUGGGAGUUCGGUCUGUUCAACCUUGUUUGCAGUGAGCAGAAUUUAUCUCACAAGGCAAGGGAUGGUGAUAGCCAUGAUUUUUGUCUGGGGUGCCUUUUUCAAAGUGUCCUUGACUUCAGCAAGCAAGGCUUCUUGAGGAAGCUCUCUGAACUGAGUCCCUCUCCCAUUUGGAAGGAAAUGGAUGGCUACAUCCAAACUCCAAGUUUCUGGAUGCUCCAUAUGCUUCAACAUUACUGAACAUGACUCUGUCUUUGAGUAUAGAUACAUGUGUUAACUAUGCACAAGGCUGUUUAACAGGUGGCUCCAAGCCUUGCUUCAUACUUGGGAGCCUUUGGUGCCAUCUUUAUACUACCAAAUGCCAGUCACCCUGGCUAAAGAGAGUGUAUAUUAUAGUCCAUGUCUAAGCUUAGAAGCUUUAAGUGUACUUUUUAAAGAAAACUAUUAGAGUGGGUGGAAUGUUUUAACUAAAUGUAUAAGGUUAGACAGAUUACAUGCAAAGAUGAUUGUUUAAUAUUGAAUAAUCUGAGUCCUAUAUAACUUAUUUGCACACCUUUCUUGCAUGAUGAACUGACUUUUUUAUAGUUGUUUGUACCAGACAGUGGCAUAUUUUUGUAAACAUUUUUUGACACUGAAUUGCAAUAAAUGUUUUUCCAACAAUA